CUUGUUUUCAUUUUCUUUAUUGUUCAAAAUGGCCCCGCUUAGUGUCUUUAAUGGAAUACCGAUUAAAUACUUAUCACUCAUCAUUCUUGUGGUUCAAAACAGUGCACUCAUCUUGGUAAUGCGCUAUACUAGAGCCAGUGUUCCUGAAGAUAAACUAUAUUUGGCAUCAACUGCUGUAGUAAUGAGCGAAGUACUCAAGUCAAUUGUAUGUCUCCUCGUACUCUAUUUAAACUUUGAUGCCAGAAAGAGGUCUUUACCAAGGCUGGUGUCGUUAUUAAAUCGUGAAUUGAUAUUAAACUGGAGAGAAACAUUAAAGCUUGCCUUCCCAGCAGGGCUAUAUUUGAUCCAAAACAAUCUACAAUACGUCGCUGCUUCCAAUUUAGAUGCUGCAACAUUUCAAGUAACUUAUCAGCUAAAAAUCCUGACUACUGCUUUUUUUACUGUCAUGAUUCUGAAACGAAACCUUUCAAAAUUAAAAUGGAUUGCAUUGGCUAUUUUGACUGUUGGUAUUGCUCUGGUCAAUUUACCAAAGAACGCUUCCACCGCAUUUAUUUCAUACAUCACAGGAAACAGUAGUAUCGGCAUUUUGGCAGUAUUAGCAGCAUGUCUAUUAUCAGGAUUAGCCGGAGUGUACUUUGAAAAGAUACUCAAGGCCCCUACAAAACAACCACAGCCACUUGCAACUGAAGAUGAAGAAGAAAACAAGAAGACACUAUAUCAAGAAGAUGAUGAUGAAGAAGAGAAUGCUAGCAGAAAUCAGCUAUGGAUAAGAAAUAUACAAAUGUCGCUUUUCUCUGUGGUGUUAGGCUUAAUCUUUGUGGUAACGCUUCAAGAUGGUGCUACUAUUGCUGAAAAAGGAUUCUUUGUAAAUUACACAGCACUGACCUGGAUUGUUAUUGCAAUUCAAGCAUUUGGUGGGCUAAUUGUUGCCUUGGUAGUCAAAUAUGCAGAUAAUAUCUUGAAAGGCUUUGCGACAAGUAUCAGUAUUAUAUUAUCAAGUAUCAUUAGCGUGUGGCUGUUCAAUUUUGCCUUUUCUGGUACCUUUUUAGUGGGCGCAGCAAUGGUUAUCUAUGCAACCUACCUAUACGGUUUAUAG